ACUGGAGUAACGCAGUAUUUCUUACUACGACACUGACUGAGGUCCUUGGGAGGAAACAUUGGGAGAAAUGUCUCCGGCUGUUUAUUUUGUGGUUAUAUUCUUGUGUCUUGGAUUUGUACAUCAGGAGGCUAAUGGGGCUUUCAUGCAGAAGUUGUCAAGCAAGAAACUUUGUGCGGACGAUGAAUGUGUUUAUGCUAUCUCACUUGGGAAAGCUGUAGAUGAUUAUAACGCUCCAGACUGCAGAUUUAUUAACAUCAAGAGAGAUGAUCUGGUCUAUGUCUAUACUAAACUGGUAAAGGAAGAUGAGAACUCGGGAGAAUUCUGGUCUGGAAGUGUGUAUAGUGACCAAUACAGGGACCAGACAGGAGUUGUUGGAUAUUUUCCUAGCAGUCUCAUCGAAGAGUUGAGUGUCUACCAGGACACACUUCAGGAAUUACCCACAACAGCUAUCGAUUUCUUCUGUGACUAGAACAUAACGGAUAAAAAGUGAAGAUGAGCAUCAAGAUUCUACAAUAUCCAUAGUUAUGUCUCUGUAUAAUAUUGCAUGCAUUAAGAAAAAAUCUAUCAAACUUUCUUCAAGUUUAACCUUGGUUUAAAUAUUACUAUACUGUAUAUUGACCAAUUAAUGUGCAUAGGUGCCUAGACUGCGAUGGAGUGAGUGUAAUUCAGGCUGCACAGUGCAACAUCCACCUGGCUACUAUGCAUGUGCACUGUAUGUGUGAGCAGCAGAGGUGCAGUAAGGAGACAUGCCACCUAGAGAGAGCAGUAUUACAGUGGUGGGGGUUUGGACAACAUUAGGAAGGUGUGGACAGCAUUAGAAGUCUGCAUAACCAGAGUGCGCUCUGCACUUUGAACUGGAGGGUCUCCAACUCUCCAUAUGAAUGGAAAUAAUAGCCAGUCAGUCUAUAGUUACACAUAGUCUCCAAUGGAAAAUGCUGCUUCCUUUUCACUCAUGACUACAUCAGUGUGCAUAACUUCAUUAUGGCUGAACAAAGCAGGAGGGUAAAUUAGACCUUUAUACUUCUGUAUUCGGGCCAGGCCUCAAAUAAUCAAGGACCUACUGUGUGGAAGCGAAGGAGGUGUGGCCAUUGCUGGGUGGCUGUGGUCAGUGCCAUGUAGAAGUGUACCCACCUCCCACCUCACUCUAUCAGCCCCAAUCUUUCUCUAAUUACAUAAAAGUAGGCAAAUUGCAUUAUUUUUGUGAGGAAAAUAGAAAUACAAAUGUAAUAAUUGUGAUUUAUAACUGUGUGGACAACUGGGCAGCUGGUCCUCGUUAUGCUAUCAUGAUAAUGGGCCUAUUUUUAUGUGAAGGCCUAAGAGAGGUAGUCCCAUCCUCACAUUAAUAAUCUGUCCGUGCCUGAUUCUUGUCUUUUGCCUUCUAUGAUCCUUAAUGAAUGGUGCCCUUAUAGACUCACUAACGUGUUCUUCUCCAACUUCUGUUUCCUAUAUCCCAAACACUCUCCAAUUCUCCUUUUGCUCUUGCUGUUUUUUUGUUUUUUUUAAUACUUUUCCCCUCAAGUGCUGCUAAAACUGGGUUCCGUUCCAGAAAGCUGAGGGUUAUAAGCUGAGGUUGGGAUUGAACAGAUUCUCACCUGGUUUAGGUUAGCUUCACUGCCUGUCCACUCAGGUAGGGGGGAGAGGAAUGGGAGUAAUAGAAACUUUGUUACUUGGCACCAUUUCCUUCCAAUAAGGAAGCACUUGAGCAUUUUUACCCUAUCUGAGAUUACAUGAUAACAGUGCGGCUCACACCGCGAGAGUGACUAAGGGGUAAAUUUACUAAGAUGGGAGUUCUAUUUAAGAUGGGAUGUUGUCCAUAGCAACCAAUCAGGAAUUAUCUUCUAGAAGGUGCUAGAUAAAUGAAAAGUAGAAUCUGAUUGGUUGCUAUAGGCAACAUCCCAUCUUAAGUAGAACUCCCAACUUUGUAAAUUUACCCCUAAAUGUCUGCAAUACCCUGGUAGUGGCUGAUGUAGCGGCUCCACCCAAGCAUUGCCUAAGUGGGCAAUAUGGCAUUCCAUCUGUUUAUGAACCUCACCAUUAGCUCUAAUUAAAUACACUCCUUUUGUAUUAUGCUUGACUGCAGUAUAAUUGGUCAGUAUGUUUUAAUAAAUGUAUGCAGCAGAAGGUAAUGCUGUCUGUCUAAUCACUGUAUAUUAAAUAACCGUUUUGGUGGCACAGUUUUCUUCUGGCUUGGAUGUAGAACCAUGUACACCGUCUGUUUCAGAUAAUUGACACAUAAUACAAAAGUGUCACAAAAUAUUUGUAUACAAUUUUAACAUAUAUGAUACCAGGACCUGAUUGAAAAUAAAAUAUAGAUAUGCCAUAACAGUAAAUGUGUUAUGGUUGGAUAUUAAAAUAGUAAGUGUAUGUCCACAUGGCUCCAUUAUAUAUAUUUGCCAUUUUUGUAGAUACCGUUUAUUUUCUUCUCCCUUCCUCCUUUACUUUCUUUUCCUUCCUUUCUUUUUUCUCUCCCAUUUCUAUGGUACUGUGCUUACAAUAAAAUAAAAAGUUCCAGCAGAUCCAUUAUGCCCAUAUCCUGACAGCUGGUCUUAGUGCUUUUUGGUUUUUGACUGUUUAGAUUUUCAUUCACAUUCUGCAUUAUUAUCAAUGAGUUAUUUUGAAUGUCAGUUCUCCUUCCUUUUCUCUCUGCUGUAACAAAUAAAAAGAUAAAAAUAAAAAAAGGGGAUUUUAAACUGGA